UAGAGCAGGGGUAUUUGUAUGCUUUGAAUAUGAUUUAAAACAUAGAAUUAAGCUAAUUAAAUGAAUAAUUAAUACCAAAAGGAUAUAAGUUUGUAAUAUUAUUUAUUAAUUUUACAAAUACGGCUCAAUUAUUAGUUUUCUAACAUAUUUUAAAGUAACGUUGUCCACUUUUCUGUGGUUUCGUCCGUAACCGGAAGAGUCCGUGUUUACAGCGCAGCUUCUGCUCCACGUUAGCAACGUUGAUUUGCCAAGAAGUGACCAGCAACUUAUUUUACGCUUUUGUAACUAACAGUUCGAUACUUUUGUAAAAUUGCGUGAUUUAUUGUGUGCUACACCGCGAUUAGCAUGAUUGUUUGGAGGCGGAAGGGCUACGGACACGCAUAGCAAUGACAAGCUGGCUAACGUAGCGCCGAGGUUAGCCAGCUAGUCAACUAACAACACUAGCUAACUUCUGACACACAGCAGCGGCACAUCCAGUGCAGUGAAACAGGAACAAGCGCGGCCAUGGGAGCGGAGAGCAGCGCGGUGCGGAGCUGCACCUUGGAGCAGCCGCUCCUGACUCUGCCCUCCGGCCUCACCAUGUACUCGGCGAUGCUCCAGGAUGGCAAGCCUGCUUCCGUGUUUGUUUACAAGCGAGGAAAUGAGGACAAAGUCAACAAAGCUGCUAAGCACCUGAAGACCUUGAGGCACCCAUGUCUGCUGCGCUUCCUGUCCUGCUCAGUGCAGGACGGCGGCAUCCAUCUGGUGACGGAGCGUGUACAGCCCCUGGAACUGCUGCUGGACAGCCUCUCCCCAGAGGAAAUCUGUGCAGGCAUCUACGACCUCCUGCUGGCACUUGUGUUUCUGCACGAGAGGGGCAAAUCGAGCCACAACAACGUCUGCAUUUCCUCCAUAUUUGUCAGUGAAGAUGGUCAUUGGACACUGGGAGGGAUGGAGACUGUCUGCAAGUUCUCUGAAGCAACGCCUGAGUUUCUUGCGAGCAUUCAGAAUGUGAGAGAGGCCAGCUGGGUUCCUCCAGAAGAGCAGGUUGAAGGCUUUAAGAUGCUUCCGGAUAAAAAUGCUCACUCUCGGGACUGCUACUCUUUUGGGAUGAUGCUGGAGACCCUCUUCUCGCUCCUGAACGGUUUUGUGUCGCAGGAGCUGUCCGACAGUCUGAAGGAGACCCUGCAGGCGGGCCUGCUGAACUCUGACCCCUUGUCUCGACCCCCACUCAGCUCCCUGCUGACUCAUGACUUCUUCAGGAAUGACUUCCUGGACGUGAGGAAUUUUCUGAAGAGCCUGACCUUGAAGACGGAAGAAGAAAAGAACGAAUUCUUUAAGUUUCUUCUGGACCGGGUCCAGAGUCUGUCUGAAGAGCUGAUAGGUUCGCGCCUCGUCCCCAAACUCCUCAACUCUCUUGUUUUUGCAGAACCCGUGGCUGUGAAAAGCUUUCUGCCUCAUCUUCUACGGCCAAAGAAGGAUUCCAGCGGUGGCGGCAACGAUGAAGAAUGCCUGCUGUCUAUGUCCCUUUAUCGCAAACAUGUGAUUCCUCAGCUUCUCAAGCUCUUCAAAGUCAAUGAGGAACACAUCAGGAUGGUGCUGCUGACUCACAUCCACAUCUACGCUGAGUUCUUCUCCCACGACGAACUCAAAAACCAGAUCCUACCUCAGGUUUUGUUAGGAAUGAGAGACACCAACGAUUCCCUGGUUGCCAUGACGCUGCAGAGUCUGGCGGUGUUGGUGCCGUUGCUCGGGGCUCAAGUGGUGGUUGGUGGAGAGAGGAUCAAGGUCUUUAAACGCACCACACCCAACUUCACCAAGUCUACAGAGGUCACCCCUGAAACGUCACCUGUCCAUAUAGUCGGAGGCUCCCACCCGCAGAUGGCCCAGCCUUCAAAAGUCUUGAAUUUGUUCCCCAGACCGACGGGGACUGAAGGCCCGGUGCUGGGUCACAUGGGAAGCGAGGAGACUCCAAAAAGUUACCCUCCACCAAAAUCAGAUGUCAGCAGACCGAUGUCUCUGCCUUUGAACGGCUUCCAUCAGGACCGCGAGAUGGAGCCGCUGUCUUACAGCCCCGAGGAGGCCGACAGACCGCAAGGUCGAGUCGAAGAAUGGCCUGACUGGAGCGACCCUGAAGAGAGCGAGAAGAGAGACGGACAGUCGGUCCAGAUCCACAUUCAGGCCUCAGAGAGAGAAGAUCCAGUCGGCAGCAGUCUGCCACUCUCGCACCCGAGCAUGGAAGAGGAGCCGUGGGACGACUUUGAGGACACUGAACCAACCUCAGAUCUCUCCCCUACAGCUCCUUUAUCAGACCCUGUUAUACUCGCACCACCCAGAGGGGGCGCUACUACACCUGUGACACACGCUCCUGAAGCACUGAGAGUGGCGCCCUCCAAACCCCUCAAACUGACCCCAACACUGCGACAAUCCACACAGAGCAAGAGCACUCCCUCGUGGGACGAUGGCUGGGCUCAAGAAGAGAGCGACUCGGAGAUAUCACACAACCCGCUAAACCCCAAGCCGCCACAAAGGAGAGGUGGGAGAGGAGGCCUGGGCGAGGAGUUCACCAUUAAGGUGAAGAAAAAGGAAGUGCCAGACCCGGAGCUGGAUCUGUUUGCAGACAUGGUGCCAGACAUCAAACUGUCCUCUCCAGCUCUGUUUCCACCGGACGAGAGCAGCGUGAGCGACGCCGGACUGUCUGCGGCCUCUUCAGAAAACACUACGUCCAUCGAUACUGUUACACUAACUGCCAAGUUCGCAGUUGCCAACCUGACUGAGUCUGACACAGACGGCUGGGGAGACGGAGACGACCUGAAGUGGGAGGAGGAGGAGAGCGUCUGGUGAUGACGUUUCGUCUGACAUCUUGAAGAUGCAACAUUUCAGACUCCAGUUUAACAGCAUGAUGCAGUCCGAGUGAUGAUGAUGGACCUGGACAUUUAUUACCAGUCUGUUCAUUUAGAAGCAUUUUGAACUGGAAGCCCAUCAGAUUGUGCUGGACUUGGACAAAUGAAGCCAUUUUUAAUUUGCCAACUGAUAGUAGUCACCUCGAGGUGAACGAGGAUCUGUGUCAGAGGUGAAUGUCAUAUUUCCAUCUGCUUUAUAAACGUGCCAACGUCACUACUGGCAUGAAAAUCAAGAUCUACUUUUUGGCAAAACGAUUCGUCUGAAAUGUGUCCGGUUUGCACUUUGAAUGAAUGUGAAACAGAAAUUACGUAAUUUAUUAGCUCUUUGGUUGCUGGUGAAGUAAAGAUUUUACUGUAUCAAAUGUGAGAUUGAUCUUUUAAAGGAGUUGUAAUUGUUAGACGACUGACAGAAGGAGCCUCGCGCUGAUAUGGGCACACUUUUGAUAACUAAGUUAGUGAAAUGUUCUGUUUCGACUUAGUGCUACAUAAAAACAAUUUGCAUUCAAAUAAGUUUAAUAAACAAUAUCAAUCAAAAGUGACCACAGACGGGUUUAAAAAGUGAAUAAAGGCUUUUCAGGAGCAGCAACGGUUACAGACUCGGGGUAAAUAGUUUUUCUAUACAUGACGUAGAUGCAUCUGGGGCUAGGUGGUGUGUCUGUCUGUACUGAUGUGGGUGAUGAGGGUCUGGAGCUCCUGUAGUCUGGGUUCCAGCCACUGUGGAGGCGGUGCGCUGGCGUUACUUUCAGUGAGAGCCUGCAGGGCUUUCAAAGCACUCUCAGCUGUCUGGAUGUGGCGGCUGUACUCCUCCUCUGCACUGGACUCCUGCCGAGCUCUCUUUGGGCACGGCUGGCGGGGAGCAAUAGUUACAGGAGCGUCAUACAUCUUUCUAAUGAAUGAGAUUUACAUGAAACGAGGCUGAAUUCUUGCUUGUACAAAUGAAAUGUUGACUUGCUGAGCAGGACAUUAUGUAAGAAAUAUUUUUUUUUGCUAAAUAAAUAUACUAUUUUACGGUG